GAUUAGUUAACCACGUUUAUUUUUUGUGCGACUUAUUACGUCUUAUUCUUCUGCGUUUUGAAGGUUUAAUACGCUUUUUCUCGAAUAUUCGUUUAAUUUCUACUACACUGCGUGUGAUUCAUCAUUACGAUACCAUUAAAAUUGAAGGAUUUGUAUUUUCCAUUUUCAUACAUGUACUUAAUUUCUGGAGUAAAACGAAUUCAAGAUGACAACGAUCAUGGAAAUCACGUGCGAAAACUGCCAACGUCCAUUGAUACCUCCAGGUCCAGCAAAUCAGACGCAAGAAACCACGACGUAUGGGGUUUAUAUGACAAAAUGUACGCAUUUCUACCACGAAAGCUGCAUCAAGGAACUGUAUAAUACGCUGACAUUGGCUAAUCCGGAAGAACCCCUCAUCUUCAUCUGUAAACGUCAGAAUUGUGCCGCUCCGGUAAAGCAUGAUGAUAUUUUUCUCAUAUUUCCUACCUUACGAAGCAGAAAAAUCCAUUCAGUAGGAUUGAAGCCUGAUGUAAAACGAGCUCUAGUAGUCGCAUUAGAUACGAUUAACCAGUUGCAAAAGAUGGCUCAAGAAAGUUCGGAUCAGUUGACCAUUGCUCAAAAUAAAAAUGUCGAAUUGGAGAAAAAAUUGAAAGAGUCGAAUGCCCUAUAUCGAAAAGCGAUUGAAGAUAAAGCAUGCGAAGUAGUGCAUCAACGCUCGUCAACUCAAACAGAUACGAAUACAAAAGUACUACUUGCAACUUCAGAAAUGCCGAAAAGCGAUACGAAACAAGCGAGCAUUCACAGCUUAGAUGUGACCAAUGAUAAAUCGUGUGAACCUCAAGCACAAAGUUGCGCCAAUGCUGCGGCUCAAGCUUCUAAAUCUAUUGCUAAAGAACCGACGAAAACCACGACGAAACAACUGCCGAUAAUUGGAGUCGACCAGAUGCCCAGAACUAUCGUCAGCCAAACACCAAGAUCGAUGGCAAAUCAGUUUACGAAUAAUUACGUGCCUCCUCUAACAACAACGUAUUAUACACCGUUUGGAAAUUUGAGGUUUGAGCCUAAAUUUGAGCCCACAAUUCUGGCUAAUAUUGAUCAAACUGCAGUCUACCAGAUGCCCAAACCUUUCACCGGCCUAACGCCAAUAUCAAUGGCAAAUCAGUUUACGAAUAAUUACGUUCCUCCUCAUCUAACAACAACGUAUACACCGUUUGGAAUUUUGAGAACUCCAGUAUUUCAGCCUAGAUUUGAUCCUACUGCAGUCUACCAAAUGCCUAACCCUCUUAAUUAUUACGUACCUUCUCAAACAACACCGUAUACACCGUUUGGAAUAUUUGACCGUAGAUUUGAUCCUAUAAUUCGGGCUAAUAUUGUUCCUUCCUAUCCUGCAAAGGAACCUCCAAAACGCGGACCUACGAGUACAUCGCAAACCAGAGAUCGUCACAUACAAUUCCAAGAGCGAUUUAGAAUGGAAUCUGAUAUACUACAACCGUUCUACCCGCUGGAUUGCUAUCCCUUUCAGUAUACUGCUGCUGGAGUUCGCUACAAAAAUGUAGUUCCGAGAAUAGCAAUACUUGCCAAGGACGUACUCAUGAUGGGAGAUGGCCUUAUAUACGGUAUGGUACGGAUUAUCUCGAAAGCGAUACCUUUCGAAUUCGAUUUACAUCCAGAAUUAUACAGAAGAAAUUUGAGCAUCGAAGAUUUAGUUGGCACGUUGGACUCUUUUCGAAAACUUCCUCCUAGAAUCAUGCUUUCCAUUGGAAAUUGGGAUGCGUUCAAUUCCAUGGAAAAUCAAACGUUUCAUAAUCAUUUGCAAAAACUACUCGCAAUUUUUCGAUCUCGAGAAGUCAAGGAAUUAUAUUUGAUCCCUCCAAUAAGGUACACUACUCCAGACUCAACUACAUUUGCGUAUAUUGUUCGUUUAUUCCAGACGAAGAGUUGUAUGAAUGCUUUCGGUGGUAAAAGUGUGGUCAUGGAACCUCCUUUUUUCCCAGAUUACACUGUGGAUGAAUUUGGACCGAAGUUCGAAGUAGAACAAUUUGAAUCCUAUGUACGAAUUAUGCGUGAAAUUUUCAUUGAAGAGCCCUUCGAGGCUUCGACGAUGGAGCGAUGGACUCAGAAGUUUAACUGAUUUAGUCUAUACUUAGGUACUUACAAUGAACUAACGAACUGUUAUGUCGUUUUAUGUUGUUUGAUUGCUCUUAUAUUUUACGAAUUUCUUUUGUAUACCUAAGCUACAAAAUACGA